GAGCAUGCAGAAUUCCGAGAGUGGAUCGGAUUCACCAGCUUCCGUGCGUCCGUCGGCGGCAGCCCAGCCUGUGCCCGCCUCCCCGCAGAGGGUGUUGGUCCAGGCAGCGGGCUCCACUACCAAAGGAGCUCAGAUGCAGCCAAUCUCCCUCCCUAGAGUUCAGCAGGUGCCACAGCAGGUACAGCCUGUGCAGCACGUGUACCCCGCCCAGGUGCAGUAUGUGGAAGGGGGAGACGCUGUCUAUACCAAUGGAGCCAUACGCACGGCCUACGCCUACAACCCAGAGCCUCAGAUGUACUCCCCCAGCAGCGCAGCUUCCUACUUCGAGUCCCCAGGUGGUGCCCAGGUGACCGUGGCAGCCUCGUCCCCACCAGCGGUGCCCUCCCACAGCAUGGUGGGCAUUGCCAUGGAUGUUGGAGGGAACCCCAUCGUCUCCAGCGCGGGAGCCUAUCUCCUCCACGGGGGGAUGGAUGGCUCGAGGCACUCCCUGGCCCACACGUCCCGCUCUUCACCAGCCACGCUUGAAAUGGCGAUUGAAAACCUCCAAAAAAGCGAAGGAAUCACAUCACACAAAAGCGGUUUACUCAACAGCCAUCUCCAGUGGCUGUUAGAUAAUUACGAAACCGCUGAAGGCGUGAGUCUACCCCGAAGCUCCCUUUACAACCAUUACCUGCGGCACUGCCAGGAACACAAGCUCGACCCCGUGAAUGCUGCUUCCUUUGGGAAACUGAUCCGGUCUGUGUUUAUGGGCCUGAGGACACGGAGGCUGGGAACCAGGGGCAACUCCAAGUACCAUUACUAUGGGAUCCGGCUGAAGCCAGACUCCCCCCUGAACCGGCUGCAGGAGGACACGCAGUACAUGGCUAUGCGGCAGCAGCCCAUGCACCAGAAGCCCAGGUACCGGCCAGCCCAGAAGACAGACAGCCUUGGGGACAGCAGCUCCCACAGCAGCCUGCACAGCACGCCCGAGCAGGCCAUGGUUGCGCAGAGCCAGCACCACCAGCAGUACAUAGACGUCUCCCAUGUCUUCCCGGAGUUCCCGGCGCCUGACCUGGGCAGCGUCCUGCUGCAGGACAGUGUCACUCUGCACGACGUCAAAGCCCUGCAGCUGGUGUACAGGCGGCACUGCGAGGCCACUUUAGACGUUGUAAUGAACCUCCAGUUUCACUACAUCGAAAAGCUGUGGCUCUCCUUCUGGAACUCUAAAGCCUCCUCCAGUGAUGGCCCCACCUCUCUACCUACCAGUGAUGAAGAGCCCGAAGGUGCCACCCUCCCCAAGGACAAGCUCAUCUCUCUGUGUAAAUCUGACCCCAUCCUCAAGUGGAUGAGGAACUGCGACCACAUCCUCUACCAGGCGCUGGUGGAGAUCCUCAUCCCCGACGUGCUGCGGCCGGUCCCCAGUACCCUGACCCAGGCGAUCCGUAACUUUGCCAAGAGCUUGGAAGGCUGGCUGACCAAUGCCAUGAGUGACUUCCCACCACAGGCCAUCCAGACCAAGGUCGGCGUCGUCAGUGCCUUCGCCCAGACUCUGCGGAGAUACACGUCCCUCAAUCACCUCGCUCAGGCGGCCCGGGCGGUGCUUCAGAACACGUCCCAGAUCAACCAGAUGCUCAGCGACCUCAACCGCGUGGACUUUGCUAACGUGCAGGAGCAGGCCUCAUGGGUGUGCCAGUGCGAGGAGAGCGUGGUACAGCGGCUGGAGCAGGAUUUCAAGCUGACCCUGCAGCAGCAGAGCUCCCUGGACCAGUGGGCCAGCUGGCUGAACAAUGUGGUCACCCAGGUCCUGAAGCAGCAUGCAGGCAGCCCCAGCUUCCCCAAGGCCGCCCGGCAGUUCCUACUGAAGUGGUCCUUCUACAGCUCCAUGGUGAUCCGGGACCUGACCCUGCGCAGUGCUGCGAGCUUCGGUUCCUUCCACCUCAUCCGCCUGCUCUAUGAUGAGUACAUGUUCUACCUGGUCGAGCACCGUGUCGCCGAGGCAACUGGAGAGACGCCAAUCGCUGUCAUGGGAGAGUUCAACGAUCUCGCCUCCCUGUCACUGACGCUGCUUGACAAAGAUGACAUCAGUGACGAGCGUGGCAGCGAGGCCGAGGCAGAUGCCCGCAGCCAGGGCGAGCCUCUCGUGAAGCGUGAGCGCAGCGACCCCAACCACCCCCUGCAGGGCAUCUAGCACCUGGUGCCUUCCACGAGGUUCCCGAGGAUGCCGCCCGGCCACUCAGGGAGCCUGGACUCCGUCAGCUCUGCUGCAUUAGUGCCUCUUAGAUGAUGGAAUGUUUACUGAGACUCAGGGGGACUCCCGGGGUCAGUGUGCCCUUCCAGGAUGACAUGCUGUUCAAGAAGAAAAAUGAUUGUUAAUAUCGAAGAAGUUCAUAUCGGGGGCUGUGUUCUGAGUGUACUGAGUGCUACACCAGGACACCUGUCCCUUACACAGAACAAACCCUUCUCUGCUGGAAUUGUGAACUCUGGCCCAAGUCCCUUUAAGAGCUGAGAGUUGCUACCUUCCA